CCAAUCAGUACGAACUCGGUUGCCGCCAGCGCAGUAACAACUUCGCCGACGAGCGCGUGAAAACCUGCAGCUUUCCUUUUGGGAAAACAAACAACAAAUUGAAAAUCAAAUCCCGCAAGUGCCUUACCGUAAUCUUUAGAAUAUCGCAACGAAUUUACUGCCCAUUAAUACGCCGUAUCGACAGGAACAAAAGAUACAAAGUAACAGAGUAACAGAAUACCAGAUACACGACUCAAAACCAGAUGCUCAACGAAUGCGGAAGUGAGCGAAAGCCGGCGGCUUUUUAAUAAUUUUUGCAAUUAACGCAAAGGAUAAAAAAUAAGUGUGCAAACAAAGGGAAACAAAGAGUGAGAGAAAGUGAUCGAGUGCCUUCAUUUGCAUAUCCUUGCAAAUAAAAUUAUUUAAAUAACAAAAGUAAUUGAACAACCAGAAAACGUGCCGCAAUGUCUGUUGUUCGCAGUGCCAUGUCAAGCAGAAGUAUUCAAUAAUAAUAAUCCCGAAUCCGAAUCCGAAUUCGAAUCUGAAUCUGCAUCUGAAUCUGAAUCCGAAAAUUGAUUAAUCACUGUGCCUUGAACUGAUCGUGACUCGUGAGUCAGAGCAGCGCCUUUUAAUUGUCCGCAAAUAAUAAGUACGAAGCCCAGUCGCAAAUUAUCGGGUUAAAUAUUGGUAGAGUAUCGGUAGAAUCGGUGGAACCCCCUCCCCCACCAGGCGUUUCCCCUGGCCCCCACUCGAGCUGAGCUUCAUGCGAAAAACGCCGCUUAAAUGCAUACGGAUAUCAUAAUUGGUGAUCAGUUUGCCGCCAACAAUAACUACUGGGUGAUGCAGUCCCCGGAACUUGACUAUCGGCACGAGCUGAUGGGACGUCUGCAUAAAAUCGAGCCCGCCGAUGUUGAGCUUGAGGUUCUGGCAGCCGCCGCAGCAGCUGCCAACAACAACAGCAGCAACAACAACAACAACAGCAACAAUAGCAGCAGCAACAACAGCAAUGGCAGCCAAACACCCACCGGCAACAACAACAACAGCUUGACGGCCUCCGGGCAUCAGCAACAUCAGUUCCACCACCACCUGCACCACCACCACUCGCAUCAGCACCACCACCAGCACCACCACUUGCACCAGCACCACUCGCACAGCCUGCAGAGCGGCGAAAGCGGAGCGUCGGAGGCAUGGCCCCACCUCUCCGCCCCCUCGUACGCCGGCGAUGUUUCGCAGCAUCCGCAGCAGCAGCAACUCCAGCCCGCCGGAUCCCCGAACUCCAACUCGAACGGAGCCUACGGCUGUGCGCCGCUCUACGACGGAGCGCCCUACGACGUGGCUCUGGGCUACGUUGGUGGUGCGGUGGUGGCGGCGACGGGCGGAGCCACUUCCAGCGACAAGGAGUAUCUGUAUGAAACCAAAAACAAAGAGGCUCUCUACGCCGAUCCGCUGGACGAUCCCUACCAGCGACCCGUGCUCUGGGACGAUAUCACUACCUCAAUCCAAAAUAUCGAUCCGGAGAACGCGCUCAUGCUGAGCAGCAACAACAACAACGGUGGCACCAGCAACAGCAACAACAAUGGCGGAAACGGCAGCAGCAACACCGGCGAACCUGCAACGUCGCAGCUGCCGCAGGUCAAGAUGGAGGCGAUCGACGAGAGUUUGCUGGAGACUUUCUCGACCCCAAUGCUCAGUCCCCUGGAGAUAAAGACGGAGAAGCAGCAGCGACAUCAGCAUCAGCAGCAGCAACAGCAGCAGCAGCAGCAGCAACACCAGCAGCAACAUCAGCAGCAGUACCAGCAGCAACACUAUCAGCAACAUUAUCAGCAGCAGCAGCACUUGUACCAGCAUCAUCCCAGCCUGGCGCUGGCCAACCUGCCACCCGCUGUCGAGGUGGCGGAGUUGCAACUGCAGCAGCAGCAGCAGCAGCAGAAUCAGCAGCAGCAACAUCUGCAGCACAGCAGCAGCAGCAGCAGUAGCAGCCCCAAGCUGGCGACCCCCGGCGACAGUGGCAGCAACACCUCCUCCUAUCAGCAACAGUACGCAUCUCAAUUGGUCGCCGGAUCGGGCGGCGGCUAUCUGAACGGUAGCAGCAGCAACUCCUACGGCUACAGCUGGCACAGCAGUCAGACUUUCCACACCAAAUACCAAAUACACCCGCCAUCAGCCGCAGCUUCAGCCUCCGCCUCCGCUACUGCCACGCCCUCAGCUCAACUUGGUGCUCAACAGCAACAGCAACAACAGCAGCAGCAGCAGCAACUGCAGCAGCUCUGCCCCCCCGCGGCACCCAGCACCCCCUCCGCCUCGUCCUCGUCCAUCUCCUCGUCCUCCGCCUCCUCCGCCAGUCGCCAUAUGUUCGUGCCACCUUUGACCCCGCCGAGUUCGGAUCCCGGAUCUCCUGGCAGCUCGAUGGUGGCGGCAGCAGCAGCCGCAGCUGCCCAACGCCGCGCCACCCCACCGCCGCCCUACCAGCAAGGUCACGUGCUGGGGCUGAUCAACCCGCCGCCCACGCUGCAGCUCUUGGGUGGGGCAGUCACGGGGAGCAGCGGCAGCUGCACCACCACCACGCUCACCACCCUAACGCCCGCCAGUGCCAUUCAGCAGCAGCAGCAGCAGCUGCAGCAGCAACAAUCGCAGCAGCAACAGGUGCCCCAGCAGCAGCCACCGCCCACCCCCCGCUCUUCGGGGGGCGGGAGGCGUGGCCGACACUCGCACCACCAGCCGGGAACGGCCGCCCACAUCGCCAGCUUGAUGAGCGUGCGAACGGUGCGCUACAACCGCCGCAACAAUCCCGAGCUGGAAAAGCGACGCAUCCACCACUGUGAUUUUGUGGGUUGUUCUAAGGUGUACACGAAGAGCUCGCAUCUGAAGGCCCACCAAAGGAUACACACGGGUGAGAAGCCGUACACGUGCCAGUGGCCCGAGUGCGAGUGGAGGUUCGCCAGGUCGGACGAGCUGACCAGGCACUACCGGAAGCACACGGGCGCCAAGCCCUUCAAGUGCAUCGUGUGCGAGAGGAGCUUCGCCAGGAGCGACCACCUGGCGCUGCACAUGAAGCGCCACUUGCCCAAGAACAAAUGAGGAAGGCGGGGGGCCGCGAGCCCAGCCACCAACACAACUAUACCACAAUCCAAAGGACUUUAGCGUAGAUAAAAGAAUUCGUUUAGUUGAAAGGUUAACUACUACUCUAGGAACAGCUAACCCAGUACACCCUAAGCGAGCCAAUAAACUCGAAGGCGAAGUAGGCUAAGUAAAUGAAAUUACCACCUGCUUGACGGACGGACAUCCUUACUGUACUGUACCGCACCGUACUGUACCGACUAACCCGCACCCCAACCCCAACCCCAAGGCAAAGACAAACACCUUCAGCAGCACGACCACAAAUUGAACUAGGCUAGAGUAGGAUUACGCUAACAUGUAUAAACUUACUUCAUUACAAGACACUAGCUGUACAAUAGACGUUUAAUCGAAUUCGGAGCUAGGUGGGUUAUGUUAAGUAGCCGUAGUCCAUGUAUUCUGUAUGUAUACCGCUAUCGCAUGUAUCUUAGUGUCGUAAUCAGUUUCAAACCACCAAAAAGUGCUGGCACAAAACAUCCAAUAAAUUUACUUGAAAAAGAACAACUUCAAUUUAACGCACUCCUCACGGCUUGGCAUACUGGUCGGUCCAAGCGCGGGCCACCCGAU